CAUGGAUUUUUUUAUUUAUUUUGAUUGGAUCAUAGACUUGAUAUCAAGUUCCAAGAAGAUGAAGCCACUAGUGUUGGUGAUCACUGUUGUACCAGUAUCUUUAGUAUUAAUGCUGCUUGUUGCUUCCUGCAUAAUAUGGAAGAGGAAAGUACGGACACAAGGUGUGCUACCAGGCUCUGAAGCCGUAAAUGAAGAAAACAUGGAAUUACCUAUUUUCAAUAUGAUCACCAUCACGGAAGCAACAAACAAUUUUUCCGAUUCAAGUAAGAUUGGAGAGGGUGGAUUUGGACCCGUAUACAAGGGUCAGCUAGCAACUGGACAAGAGAUAGCAGUCAAGAGGCUUUCGGAGAAUUCAAAACAAGGACUCCAAGAAUUUAAAAAUGAGGUUAUAUUGAUUGCAAAACUACAGCAUCGAAAUCUUGUAAGGCUUUUGGGAUGCUGCAUUGAAGGAGAAGAAAGAAUGUUAAUUUAUGAGUAUAUGCCCAACGGAAGCUUGAACUCCUUUAUUUUUGGUGGCUCAAAUGACGCAAGUAAAUCUCUUGUAUGGAAGAAGCGUUUUGAUAUUAUCGUGGGCAUUGCUCGAGGGCUUCUUUAUCUUCAUCGUGAUUCAAGAUUGAGAAUUAUUCAUAGGGAUCUUAAGGCCAGCAAUGUGCUACUAGACAAUAAGUUGAAUCCUAAAAUCUCAGAUUUUGGCAUUGCCAGAGCUUUUGCCGGAGAUCAAUUACUAGCAAAAACCGAAAGGGUGAUUGGUACUUAUGGUUACAUGUCUCCGGAAUAUGUCAUCGAUGGCCUCUUUUCCAUGAAAUCAGAUGUCUUUAGUUUCGGAGUGCUAGUUUUGGAAAUAGUAAGUGGGAAAAGGAACAGACAGUUCCAUCAUCCAGACCAUGACCACAACCUUCUUGGACAUGCAUGGAAUCUACUGAAUGAAGGGAAGGCCUUUGAGCUAAUAGAUCCACAAAUGGAGGAUUCAUUUCCAAUGCCUGAAUUAUUAAGAUGCAUAAAGGUGGGCCUCUUGUGUGUGCAGCAACGCCCCGAAGACAGGCCAAUGAUGUCCUCUGUGCUCUUAAUGUUUGAUAGUGAGGACACAAUGUUGCCCCAGCCUAAACACCCUGGUUUCUACAUAGAUAGAAACCCUUGUGAGACACAGUCUCGACUAGAGGAAAUAACUUGUACAAUAAAUAAGAUGACCAUUUCUAUAGCAGAGGGUCGUUAGAAGUUGCAGACGACCAUUUCUAUAGCAGAGGGUCAGUAGAAGUAGCAGAUGACCAUUUCUAUAGCAGAUUAUUGACCCAUAUGUGUUUAUUAGAAUAGGAUGGUAGACUUGAGUAAUGGUAGAUUCGAGUAAGCUGUUUUUUGUGGAAUGUAUUUGCAGCCUCUCACACUUGUGAGAUUUUUAUGAGUCGACGUACUAUUAAAAUAACA